AUGCGUGGCCCAAUCUCUCUUGCCCUCGCCGGCACGGCUGCGUCGGCGUUGCAGAUCCCCCUCCUGCCGAAUACGCUGUCGUGGUUCGGCCGUCAUGCAGCCUCCGACUCGGUCUCGAGGCCCGUCGUCGAGACGGAGGCUCUUCAGGCCAGCAUCGACAUCAAACACCUCCAGCGGCGCGCCGAGAAGCUGUACGAGAUAGCAGAGUCGUCUUUGCCCGAGAUGAACCACCCUACUCGUGUCAUCGGCAGCAAAGGACACCUCGGCACCAUCGCCUACAUCAAGUCCGUGCUUGCCGGCUUGGGUGACUAUUACACCGUCUCGGAGCAGAUUUUCCCGGCAGUGUCCGGCCGCGUGUACGAGCACCGCCUCGUCAUCGGUGACCAUGUCCCCCCCUCGACGGCGUUUGGCUUGACCCCGCCGACCAAGGGCAAGCAGCCCGUGUACGGGGACCUCGUUUUGGUCCGCGGCCUCGGCUGCGAUCCCUCCGACUACCCCAAAAACUCGGCAGGAAACGUCGUCGUCGUUCGCCGGGGAGAGUGUCCCUUUGGCACCAAGUCCGAGCUGGCCGGCCGUGCCGGUGCCUCGGCUGCCGUUGUCGUCAGCGACGAGGACGGCGAGCUCCACGGCACCCUCGGGCAACCGUCUCCGCAUCACGUCGCCACCUUUGGCCUGUCCAAGGGCGAUGGAAACAAGUACAUUGAGGCGCUGGAAAGGGGUGACAAGUUGGAUGCCAUUGCCUACAUGGAUGCCGAGGUGACCACCACCCGGACGCCAAACAUCAUUGCCGUGACGAGGGAUGGCGACGCCGACAAUUGCCUUGCUCUUGGCGGGCACAGCGAUAGUGUUGCCGAGGGCCCGGGCAUCAACGACGACGGCUCUGGCUCCCUGUCCGUUCUGGAGGUCGCCGUCCAGCUCGCCAAGUUCAAGGUGAAGAACAGGGUCAUAUUCGCAUGGUCAAACUACUUUGUCGACCACCUAAAGGCGGAGGAGAACCAGAAAAUUCGCCUCUUCCUCGACUACGACAUGAUGGCAAGCCCCAACUUUGCCUAUCAGAUUUACAACGCCACCAACGCCGAGAACCCCGCCGGCUCCGAGGAACUUCGUGACCUGUACAUCGGUUGGUACAAGAGCCACGGCCUCAACUAUACCUUGAUCCCCUUUGACGGGAGAUCCGACUACGACGGAUUCAUUCGGCACGGCAUCCCCGCCGGAGGUAUCGCAACCGGCGCGGAGGGACAGAAAACGCCCAAGGAGGAGACCAUGUUUGGUGGGAAAGCUGGCGAUUGGUACGAUCCCAACUACCAUCAGAUCGGUGACAAUCUGUCGAACCUGAACCUCACGGCCUGGGAGGUCAACACGAAACUCAUCGCCCACUCGGUCGCUACGUAUGCCUCUAGCUUCGAGGGAUUCCCGAAGCGCACCAGCGAAUUCCGCACCGAGGCAUAUGCAUCCAAGGUCAAGUAUCGUGGCCACAAGCUGUUCAUGUAG